AUGGAAGACGACCUAGUAUGCGAGUAUGAUUCCACUUGGGACACAGAGAGUGAUGGAGACGACCUGGGGGAUAGCGCAGGAAGGCGCCCAAUUCAAGAUAAAAAUAAAAAAACAAGACCUGGCUUUCGCCUCUAUUCCUCCUCUAGAAACUUACGAGCAGCUAAGGAUAUGCAGAACUACCGACAUGGCUAUCCAAAUAUCAAUGAGGAGGAAUGUCCAGAAGAAAGAAUGACUAAUUUAAAAUUCUACCUAAAUGAAAUUACCUCAUCCCCUGAUGAGGUUUCCAUAGAGGUGUUUCAUAAAGAAUGGAAAACUGACUACAAACGAUUAGAGAGAGUCCAUUCCUACAUUCAAUGGCUGUUUCCGCUAAGAGAGCCAGGGGUGAAUUACAUGGCCACCGAACUCACCAAGAAGGAAAUUCAGGCGUUCAGAGAGAGUGAAGUAGCUAAACGGAGGCUUGUCGAUUCCUACGAGCUCAUGUUGGGUUUUUAUGGCGUUCAGCUGCUGAAUAGAGAGACUGGCGAGGUCAAACGAGCAGAGAACUGGAGAGAGCGUUUCGCCAACUUAGAGCGAAACAUGCAUAAUAACCUUCGUAUCACCCGCAUUCUGAAGAGCCUUGGGGAGCUGGGUUUCGAGCAUUACCAGGCCCCUCUCGUGCGAUUUUUCUUGGAAGAAACCCUUGUCAGGAAAACCCUUAACAGUGUAAAACGCAGUGUACUUGACUACUUCGUGUUUGCUGUACGAGACAAACGCGAACGAAGGAAGCUGAUCCGCUAUGCCUUCCAGCACUUUGAACCCAAGGACAAGUUCGUCUGGUGUCCCAGAAAGAUCCAGAAACGUUUCAAGAAAAAGUCAGAAAAGAGGCAAGAUUCAACAGGAGGAACUGGCGAGGGUGGUGCCUCUGAUGAGGGGCGGUCCCGGGGUAAAACGAAAGAAGGAGAAGCCGGGAAGGAUCAGAAUGAAGAAAGGCCAGGGGAGGAUGUCAUAAAUACAAAGAAACAAACUACAGUUAACUCAACAAUGAGUGUAGAUGUUAACCUGCAACUAGUGGGGUCACAAGUAGACCCUGAGUCCCCCUGUGAAGGCUCUUCAGUCGACCCGUUACCUCUCAAUAAUGGUAACACCACUGACAACGGGGAGAUGGAGUAUUCUGGUAGUGCUGAAUUCAGUCGCAUGAAAACCCAGGAUGGAAACGGAGAUGAAUUCAAAGAGAGACCACAGUCAGACGCAGAAGUUGAAGAGUCAGGCAAUGUGGGAAUGCCGAAAGUUCCGGUAUCUGAUGAAGAGAAGCCAAAGGAGGAAAAUGAGGAAGAAGGUAUGGUCAAGACAAGCAACGGGUCCUCAGAGCACAGCAGCUGUCAAGAUCAGAGCAGGAGCACUGUCCAUCCCAGAGAGAACCAUCCAAGUCCUAAAGAUCACAGUGUGCAUGGAAGCCCGGUAGUCAGAAAAACGGAAAAGACGGUGACGGGGAGUCCCAAGCAUGUUUCUCCUUCGUCCUCCUUAGAUGAGCGAGCGGAAAAGCUCCCCAGGACCAAUUUUAGCAACUCUUUACCCACCACCAAGGAGAAGGAAGAGACAGUAGAAAUGAUGAACACUGGACCUACAGAGAGUCAGGAAAGUGACAAGGUGCAAAAUGAAAAUCAGACAAAUGGUUCAGCUAAUGAAGAGCCAAUGGAGGUUGAACCUGGUCAAUGUAGACCUGGCCGUCAGUGACAUCUGAAUGUGUCAGAGCGAGGA